GCAUGGAAAAAGUUUGGAAAUGAUAUCAUUAACCUUACUCCAAAAAAACAAUUUUUAUGCAUUAAAAUUGGAAUUUUUUUGGAUAUCGAUUUUACACGACUUUAUCUUAAAUCAGAAGAAGAUUCUGAUUUUAUAUUUAAGCCUAUAUAUUACAUUGCAGCAAAAUUAGAAAAUGAGAAUUUGGACAGAAAAUUUAAUGUCAAUGUCAAAUCAUAUGAUUUUGCAUCAGAAUUACUAAAUAUCAAUUUCAAAAAUACAACUAUUCAUCAACAAAUUUUGGAUGCAAAUGAUAUAAGUUCAUUUAGUAAAUAUAUGAAGCAACGAAUUCAGAGAUUAGAAAGGAUGCUUAACAACCUAGAUAAUAAUUCUACCCAAAAUAUUUCCAUUUCUCGUUUUAUAAAAAAAGAACAAGAUUAUAUUAGACAAAUAGAGAAUCUUGAAAAAU